GUAGCAUUUAGGUUUAGUUAAGAUCUGCUGUCUAUGGUACAAUGAUCAAAUUCUGUUCAAGGUUUGAAGUAGACACUGCCAUUUUGCUGGAAUAGUGACUUGGCCUUCCAAAUACUCUCAACGCAAGCAAACGUGAUCUACAACAUGGAAGCUGAGUAUUCCAAGCGAGUGUAUCAGGGAGUCAGAGUCAAGCAUACUGUGAAGGAUCUGCUGGCUGAAAAGAGAUCACGACAAACCAGUGGGCCACGUUAUGCUGGGGUGUCUGCUCAGAGCCAACUUGUCCAAAUGGCAGGUUCCCAUCCACUACCAGGAUACUACAGCAUGAGAAGACCAUUCUUUUCUGAUGCUGAGUUUUGCUCUUCGAGCAAGCAGUUCUCGACAGACAUCUACUCUUCAGCACUGACAGGGAAGUCCUUCUCUUGUGACACUAUGCCCAUGUCUACCUACUCAUCCCUAAUAGAUAGUUACUACCCAGAGUCUUUCAGUGAUUACCGCAGUGCUGCUCACUCUGGAGGAGGAAGUUCUAUCUUCUCGUCCACUGCAUUGGGCACUCGGCUUCCCCCUUUUCCUGGAGAUACCUCUCACUUUAUGCUGAGGGAUUCUUGGGAGCAGGCCGGGAUGGAGCCUACAGAGGGGUUGUGUGGGAAUGGUUUGGCUCCUGCACCAGUGGAGCCGUCCAGCCCCGGCCAGUACCGCUCGUCCUCCAGGAGCUCCAGCAUGGGAUCGUCGCAGUUUUACUCUCUGCACACCCUGGAUGAUAUGCCAUAUCACUCUUCCUUCCAGCUGCCUUCCAGCUUCCCAUGCCCAACAUAUAGUGAACAUGUAGCUAAACUCCCAUCUCUGUCCACAGAGGACACUGAGAAUGCCCCCUCUGCCCUGAAUGACAUGUUGCCAUGGGUCAAAGAAGAUGCCACUGGAGUUUGGUCACACUGUGAAAUUAGAAGAACUUUCUGAUGCAGAGCAUUUGAAUUGCAAACAUGCCAAAGCUGGUUGAAUAUAGGAGAAACAAAGGACAGUCCAUUUCAACUUUUAAAACACCAGGAGCUAAAGCUCAUUUUUGGUGGAUCAGUUCCAAACAAAAAAACUUUAACACACAUGAGUACACUACUGGAUAUUAAGGCAUUUUUAUUCAACAAAAACCAAACUCCUUAGAAAGGGGAAAUGUAACUCAAGAGGACAAGACGUCUUAGUAAGAUGACGUUGAAUAGAGAAGAGCCACAAGGCAUUCCUUUUUAACUUUUAAAUAAUUGCAUUUAAUAUAUAAUUUUAUAUGUAUAUAUUUCACUGAUAUAUUGCUAAUCUAUUAUUAAAAUGACUAGAUGGUACUGUAAUGUAUCUUUUAAAGCAAAAAGAGAAAAAUAGUUUAAUUAAAUACCUGCUCCAUAAAGUGAUUUAUUGCAUGUUUUUGAUGCUUGUACAAUUAAAAAUAUAAUUUUUUUAAUAUGAGUCUACUUUCAAAAGAGAUUAAUCCAAGAGUUUGUGGUGAUGUCAUGACAAGAAAGUAUACGUAAUAAAUAAACUGAAAUAAUUUGUUUUAUUUGUAUAGAUCCUCUCCAUUUUUGCCCUGUUUACCUUUAUUGUAUUACCUUUAUUUUUCCAUAAACAUUUUCUUGGCCUUUUGGUUAUUCUGAAUGUUAUCAUACAUUACAACUCUUAGGCUGGACUUACUGUAGGCAACUUUGCUGCUGUAUAAAAGAUUAGACAGAUAACAGUGUAAUAUUGUCAUGGAAACAAAGCACAUAAACAAAUCAGUCGAUUGUCCAAGUUUUAAACAUGGUGUGCCAAAAGAAACCAAAAACUCUAACACUUGGCACUACUGAAUUAUGUAUAGGGCAAAUCUGAAUUUAUAGAUCUGAUUUGUCCUUUUUGUGCAAAAUGUAUGGCCACAUAAUGGCAUUUGUUGUAUCGACUUCAUAGUUAAUAAAUCCUUCAUAAAUUCUGAUACUUAAGGGCUUUGCACAGAAUAACAACUGUUACAAUUGACAAAGAUAGAUAAGAUUCAUUAGGCUUCUGUAUGUGAAUUUGGCAGAAGUAAUAGACUUCGCGAUUUCUUUACUAUACUACUUCAUAUUACUUCACUGUAAAACUGGAUAAGUUCAUUCACCUCAAAAAAUGUGAGGAAACUAAUUACC